CUACUUCUAGUUUUUUUCAAGGCAAAGGAAAUUGCGUAAAUUUAAAUUAAUUUUCACAUUGGACCCAAAAUAAAAGUUUAUAUAACAAGUUGUUUCGACUAGUCAGUUGUUCAGUCUACGCCGGCAAACGUUACCACUUAUCAUCUGUGAUCAGACCAGUCUCAACAUGAACAAGAUAGUUUUAACUCUCGUCGUCUGCCUCGGUCUAGUUGGUUAUGUGUCGGCGGCUACGUCGAUUGGACUGGGAGCUUGCCCUGAUGGAGUAAAGGUUGGCGAAUCCUGGUACCCACCGGGAUGUGAGAUUUGUGACUGUGGUGACGGAGGCUACCAAUGCUUCUCAUGCGGUUCUUAUGGCUUCCCACCUGAGUGCACGGCGACGUACGAUACCACCAAAAAAUACCCAGAUUGCUGUGAACCUACACUUGACUGUCCAAAUUUAACUGAAAAUUAAAAUGUUUACAAGUUCCAAAACGUUAAGAACAUAACAUAAUUAAAAUUUAAAUCCAA